AUGGCUGAUAUCGAGGAGGACCCCGCUGUGUUCACCUCCACUUCUCUGCCUUCAGACCCGCGGCUUCUAGCUACGGUGACCAACGCUUACCUGGGCACCCGUGUGUAUCGGGACGUCCUGCACGUCAACGGGGUGUAUAACGGGGCUGGGGGAGACACGCACCGCGCCGACAUCCCCAGCCCUGUCAACGUUAGGAUGACCAAGCCCAGUGCAGACAAGCUGACCGAGACCUUCACCUUGAACACGCGCACAGGAACCUUCAGCCACGUGCUUCAGUCAGCAGAUUAUACGGCCACCCAUCAGAUCUAUGCUCACCACUCCCUUGUCCAUCUGAUGGCCUUCAGCAUCACCAUCCAGCGAGCGGCGCACACCGGGCAGCCCAUCGUGGUGCAGCUCCAGGUGCCUUUGGUGCUGAAGAGCCAGGAUCUAGACCUAUACGAAGGACCAGACUUCCAGGGAGCACACUACGUCUACGGGAAGACGCUGGUCCCCGAGGUGGAGGGGGGCCCUCAGCCCACGGUGCACAUGCUGUGGACCCCGGUGCCGCCCGCCGACUACUGGGGACACGUCUUCUGGGACCAGGACACCUGGAUAUUCCCGAACAUCCUGUUGUUUUAUCCUGAAGCAGCCCGAGCCAUCUUGGAGUACCGGAUUCGCACGCUGGGAGGAGCUUUUCGCAAUGCGCAGGAGCAGGGCUACGAGGGUGCCAAGUUUCCCUGGGAGAGCGCAGCCACCGGCCGGGAAGUCUGCCCGGAGGAGAUUUAUGGAGCUCAAGAAAUUCAUGUCACGGGGGAUGUUUUGAUGGCCUUUGAGCAGUAUUAUCACACCACACAGGACCAGAAGCUGUUCAGGGAGGAUGGAGGCUGGACCCUCGUCAGUGCCGUGGCUCAGUACUGGUGUAGCCGCAUGGUGUGGAAUGAGGAGGAGCAAUGCUACCACAUCAAAGGUGUCAUGCCCCCCGAUGAGUAUCAUUACCGGGUUGAUAACUCUGUUUACACCAACGCCUUGGCCCAGAGGAGUUUAUGUUUUGCAGCGGACGUUGCGCGGGACCUCUCGCUCCCCGUGCCAGAGGAGUGGGUGGAGCGCGCCGAGAAGCUGAAAGUGCCCUUUGAUGCAGAGAAGAAAUACCAUCCCGAGUAUGAUGGUUACAGCCCAGGUGAGUCCGUGAAACAGGCUGAUGUAGUCUUGCUUGGGUUCCCCCUGAUGUACCCCAUGAGCGCUGAAGUCCGGAGAAACGACCUGGAGAUGUAUGAACCCGUCACUGUGCCGGAUGGGCCAGCCAUGACCUGGAGCAUGUUUGCUGUGGGCUGGCUGGAGCUAAAGGAAAUGGAAAGAGCACAGAGUCAACUGAACAAAUGUUUCAGCAACAUCACGGAGCCCUUCAAGAUCUGGGUGGAAAACUCUGAUGGAUCAGGAGCUGUGAACUUCCUGACAGGGAUGGGUGGAUUCUUGCAAGCUAUCCUCUUUGGCUACACAGGGUUCAGGAUUACUAAGAGCAGCCUUCGCUUUGACCCUGCGUGUCCUAAUGACAUCGAUAAAUUGAAAGUCACUGGAGUCUCCUACUUGGGCAACAAGCUCAAGUUCACCAUCACCAAAGAAAAGAUGAAGAUCAAGGUGACUAAGUCUCCCCGUGGCCCACCAGCAUCUCUCCUGGAGGCCGUGCUGGAGGAAUCGGGGCAGCGACUUCUUUUGUAUGAAGGGCAGAGCGUCUCUUUCUCCACGUCAGCUGGCUGGAUUCGGAGGUCGUCUGCUGAGGCGUUUUAA